AUGGACGACUUCGUAGUAGCCGGUGAGGCUCCUGUUCUUGAUGUCGUCGAACAGCUGCUUUUGCUGGGUUGGGACCUGUGCGGUUUCAAUUGCCCUGAUGCGAAGCGUGAGAGAUGGUCGAGUGGCCAAGGUACCCGUUGGCUCGAUAAUCUUUGGUGCUGGGACGAUGAGCACAAGAAGUUAUCUGUUAAGCGCUGUGAAGCUCCGGUGGUCCCGGAGGCUGAGAUGUUGAGUAAGCGUAUCGUGUUCCGGUUGGCCGGGAAGAUCGGCUCGGUAACGGGAGGCGCUUAUGAAGCUUUGGCGAGAUGUCAUGCUGAUGCAGCACGAGUCGCUGCUGGUCGGGCCGGUUCCUGGGACGAUCAGGAUCAGCCCUGGGCGAAAGAAGCGGAGUUGCGAGUCAGGAAGCAUAACGAUCUUCUUCAGAUCUAUGGAGAGGAAUGGCUCCAAUGUCGCAACCGAGUGGCUAUGUCUAAGAAGUUAAGCUCUUCGACUGAACGACUAUCGCCUGGUGACAAGGCUAUUCUCUUCAAUCCGGGUAAGGUCGGUGGAUCCCGAGAGUCCAAGCUCUCUGGUUGUGCGUCCGGGCCUUAUUAUGUGCUCGAGGCUGUUGGGGAUCAAUGCUAUCGCCUAAGCUUAACUUCCACUGGUCAAGGACGCAGUGCAGUAUUCCAUGCAAGUCGCUUGCGGAAAUACGAUGGUCCUGCGAAUCCGGAGUCCAGUGUUUGUCCACUCUGCCGAGAAUUUCGUGAUGAUAUGGUUAUGGUUGCCUGCGAUGGCUGUGAGCGAGGGGGAUCGCCAGACCCUUGGGCAGGCUCCUUGGACUUCUUGGAAACACGACUCGGAGGCAUAGAGACGAAGGGGUUAAUAACGGAUGUUUUAUGA